AUGUACACAUCUUGGACUCUUCUCACCACUGCCGCAGCAUUAUCGACUAGCGCCAUGGCACUCCCUCACCAAGAACGUCUGGCCGAAAGCGAACCCUGGCACCUCUUCGCACUAUCGGUCUUCACAUCUUCCACCACCUCCACCAACAACUCCAUCUCUUUCGACUUGAUCGACAACAAUGCUGGUCUACAAGCAAGCACCACUUGCUCACGUUCGGUCCUGGGUUCUGUGGAAGAUGCAAACAUCUUUUAUCCCUGCGACAAUAACAGUUUCAAUUUCAGAUGGGAUGCUACCUAUCAAGACUCUCUCGACAUUGCCGUGACCGAAAUGGUUGCCUGA